AGCAGCAGUUCCUUGGAAAACGUUUGAGCUGGCACACACGCGUUGCGUUUGUAGAGGGAGCUUUUUUCAAUUCAUUAACUGGCAAAGUGGUUCAAUUUCCAAAAGAAGACUCACCUGUUGGAGCGAGGAGUCAGCAAAGCGUAGUUUGAAGGACAAAGAAGGUGUGCUGGUAUUGGGUAAAAAUUAAAAGCUGAAAGAACAAAGGAGGACUGGAAGAAAGAAAAACUUGCUUUCUGAGGUGGAACAGACAGAAGCUACAGAAUGGGCUCGUUUGGACUUGAGCUGGCCGGCAUUAGUCUGGCGGUGCUGGGUUGGAUGCUGAGUAUCGUCAGCUGUGCCCUGCCGAUGUGGAGGGUUUCAGCCUUCAUUGGCGCCAACAUUGUCACAGCUCAGGUGUACUGGGAAGGUCUUUGGAUGAGCUGUGUGUUUCAGAGCACAGGGCAGAUGCAGUGUAAAGUCUAUGACUCCAUGUUGGCUCUUCCUCAAGACCUGCAGGCCGCCAGGGCACUCACUGUCGUCGCCAUUGUCGUGGGAGCGGUGGCGCUCCUCAUUUCCAUGACAGGAGCCAAGUGCACUAACUGCAUCGAAGAAGAGGGAGUCAAAGCCAAGGUGAUGAUCUCGUCUGGUGCAGGGUUCAUUGCAGCAGCUCUGGCACAGAUUGUACCCGUUUCCUGGUCAGCACACACCAUCAUCAUGGAGUUCUACAGUCCAGUCGUCCCCUCUGGGCAGAAGAUGGAGAUUGGCGCUGCGCUGUAUCUGGGAUGGGCCGCCGCAGGUUUGCUUUUGGUUGGUGGGGCCAUUCUCUGCUGCAGUUGCCCUCCGCAGGAAGAGAAAACCUUGAGGUACAGCGUAAACCCUCAGAGUCGAAUGGGAUACUCAGCUGCUCCGAGGUCCACGGCUCAAAGCUCCUACAACAGAAAAGACUACGUGUGAGGGAAAAGGACUAAAGACAGAUUAGGAAGAAUCAUAACUUUUAUUAUGUGUCCUUUAAUACCUGUAUCCUGAUCAUCUGUACAUUGUCAUGAAAUUUAUACGGAGGUGAACAUUUAAAACACAAAACAAAAGUAAGAUGCUCACGAGAUGGAGCAACAUUUCUGUGUGUUUUGUAGAAGUCUAGGAUCAGACAUGCGUGUACUGUACGUGUUUUUAACACCGAUGGGAAGAUUUUCACAGUUGGUUGAUGAAUUUCUUUACACGUUGUUGUAAAGUCGGCACAGAAACUUAGAAAAAAAAUGUCAUAAAGUUAAAAAAAAUAAACAAAGCAAAUGAAUGUGGUUCGUUGUCAAAGCUCAGCAAAGAUUUGCAUCCCAACAACUUAGUAACAGAUCCCAGCCUUUAGCUGGACGGAGUUCACUUCAGGCUCGGAAGGCAAAGCCAAAAUAGCAGAAUGUGCCAUAAAACAAAGAGGGAAGCUGUGUAAAAUUAAUAUUUGUUUAGAGUGAUACGUAUGUGAGGGAUUUCAUUUACGAUUUUACUUUUGAUGGUGUUGUGUUCAGAUUUUUUUGAAGUAUACACGUCUCGUGUAUUUUGUUUCAUUGUAUACUGUUUGUAUUAAAAUUGGCAAAUCUACUGAAAGUUCA